AGAGAGAGAGAGUUAAGAGUGAUGGAGCGGUGCUGCCGUGUUAGCCCGCCGCCUGCCUGAUUGCUUCUCUUCUGCUGUAGCCUUAAAAGAAAACAUCGAGGACCGACAGGCACUGAGUGGUGUUUUCCGCAUUCCCCCUCACAUACUUUGGCAGCAUAUACUUCAGCAACGAGACCACAUUUUGAUCAGCGGAUCUAUCGACGGAGUAGCCAUAUGGUAGCUGUUUUGUCUCUUCAGGCCCGCUGUUGAUUGAUUGCCAACUGCGUGCUUGUAAUGAAGCGGGACUUGUCCUCCAAGCUCGCAGCUCUAGCAGGGAAAAUAUCACCACGGAGUUUAGAAUAAGUCCCGGCAGAGAGAGCAAACUUACCGGCAUUUGGAAGAAGAAGAGAAAGAGGAGAAGGAAGAACACGGCACCGCAAAAUGGGAUGCUUCCUUCUCCUCUUCUGGACGCUGCUGCUCGGCUCGCUCCUUCUCGGUCAAUCCGUAUCGCCGUCGCCGGAAGCCAAGGCUUUGCUCGCACUCCUCGGCUCGGCACAAGGCAGCAGCAGGAGCGUACUGGAGUCGAGUUGGAAUGCUUCGCAAGGUGAUCCUUGCAGCGGUUGGAUUGGUGUCGAGUGCUCUUCUUUGCGUCAAGUUGUCAGCGUCUCACUUGCUUACAUGGAUCUUCAAGCCACCAUUCCUGCUGAGUUUGGACUUCUCACAUCGCUGCAAACUCUCAACUUGUCCAGUGCCAACAUAUCCAGCCAGAUCCCUCCGCAGCUUGGAAACUGCACCGGUUUGACGACGCUCGACCUCCAGCACAACCAGCUCAUAGGGAAAAUCCCGCGGGAGCUCGGGAACCUGGUCAACCUGGAAGAGCUCCACCUCAAUCAUAACUUCUUGUCCGGAGGGAUUCCUGCGACGCUUGCUUCUUGUCUCAAACUCCAGCUUCUCUACAUCUCCGACAACCAUCUCAGCGGCAGCAUCCCAGCGUGGAUUGGAAAGCUUCAAAAACUCCAAGAGGUACGAGCAGGAGGAAAUGCCUUGACAGGUUCCAUACCCCCUGAGAUUGGCAACUGUGAGAGCUUGACAAUUCUGGGUUUUGCUACGAACUUACUCACAGGCAGCAUUCCGUCCAGCAUUGGCCGCUUGACGAAGCUCCGCUCGCUCUAUCUGCAUCAGAACUCGCUCAGUGGAGCACUCCCAGCGGAGCUCGGAAACUGUACGCACCUCUUGGAGCUGUCCCUCUUCGAGAACAAGCUCACAGGUGAGAUUCCAUACGCGUAUGGCCGGCUCCAGAACCUGGAAGCGCUCUGGAUAUGGAACAACAGCCUCGAAGGCAGCAUUCCUCCGGAGCUCGGCAAUUGCUACAACCUCGUCCAGCUGGAUAUCCCCCAGAACUUGCUCGACGGUCCCAUUCCAAAAGAGCUCGGAAAGCUCAAGCAGCUGCAAUACUUGGACUUGAGCUUGAAUAGGCUGACCGGAUCAAUCCCAGUGGAGCUUUCCAAUUGCACCUUCCUGGUCGAUAUCGAACUGCAGUCCAACGACCUGUCCGGAAGUAUCCCGUUGGAGUUGGGCCGUCUCGAGCACCUGGAGACUUUGAACGUCUGGGACAACGAGCUCACUGGUACAAUCCCGGCAACUCUUGGGAACUGCAGGCAGCUUUUCCGGAUCGACCUCUCCAGCAACCAGCUCUCGGGGCCACUUCCGAAGGAAAUCUUCCAGCUCGAGAAUAUCAUGUACCUCAACUUGUUCGCAAACCAGCUGGUUGGUCCCAUCCCGGAAGCUAUAGGCCAGUGUCUCAGCUUGAACCGGCUUCGUCUCCAGCAGAACAACAUGAGCGGGAGCAUCCCCGAGAGCAUCAGCAAGCUGCCGAAUUUGACGUAUGUAGAGCUCUCCGGGAAUCGUUUCACAGGCAGCCUCCCUCUGGCCAUGGGAAAAGUAACCAGCUUGCAAAUGCUCGACUUGCACGGCAACCAGCUCUCUGGGAGCAUCCCAACAACGUUUGGUGGCCUUGGCAAUCUCUACAAGCUCGACCUUUCCUUCAACAGGCUCGACGGCUCAAUUCCUCCGGCACUAGGCAGUCUCGGCGACGUGGUGCUUCUUAAGCUCAACGACAACCGGCUGACGGGAUCGGUCCCCGGAGAACUUAGCGGGUGUUCCAGAUUGAGCUUGCUCGAUCUCGGUGGCAACCGUCUCGCUGGAAGCAUUCCUCCGUCUCUAGGAACCAUGACCAGCUUGCAGAUGGGACUUAAUCUCAGCUUCAACCAGCUCCAGGGCCCGAUUCCGAAAGAGUUUCUCCACCUAUCGAGACUCGAGUCUUUGGACUUGUCCCACAACAAUCUGACAGGAACUCUAGCGCCGCUCAGCACCCUGGGCUUGUCGUAUCUCAACGUUUCCUUCAACAACUUUAAAGGCCCGCUGCCCGACUCCCCGGUUUUCCGAAACAUGACACCCACGGCUUACGUUGGCAACCCGGGACUUUGCGGGAACGGCGAAUCGACUGCAUGCUCGGCCUCGGAACAACGGUCACGUAAGUCGUCACACACUCGAAGAAGUCUCAUAGCUGCCAUUCUCGGGCUCGGCCUGGGACUGAUGAUACUGCUCGGCGCAUUGAUAUGCGUCGUCUCUUCGUCCAGGAGGAACGCCAGCCGGGAGUGGGACCACGAACAGGAUCCACCCGGCUCCUGGAAGUUGACCACCUUCCAGAGGCUCAACUUUGCACUGACUGAUGUCUUGGAGAACCUCGUCUCGUCGAACGUCAUCGGCCGUGGGAGCUCGGGAACGGUCUACAAAUGCGCGAUGCCAAACGGAGAAGUUCUCGCCGUGAAGAGCCUGUGGAUGACGACUAAAGGCGAGUCCAGCUCCGGAAUCCCAUUCGAGCUCGAGGUGGACACGCUGAGCCAGAUAAGACACCGCAAUAUCCUUCGUCUCCUCGGCUACUGUACAAACCAGGACACCAUGCUGCUGCUGUACGAGUUUAUGCCAAACGGCAGCCUUGCGGAUCUUUUGCUGGAGCAGAAAUCUCUCGACUGGACUGUCCGCUACAACAUCGCUCUUGGCGCUGCCGAAGGCCUGGCAUACCUCCAUCACGACUCGGUGCCGCCGAUAGUCCACCGGGAUAUCAAGUCCACCAACAUUCUCAUCGAUUCCCAGCUGGAAGCUCGCAUAGCAGACUUUGGAGUUGCCAAGCUGAUGGACGUGUCUCGGAGUGCCAAAACCGUGUCGAGGAUCGCUGGCUCAUACGGCUACAUCGCCCCAGAAUACGGCUACACCUUAAAGAUCACCACCAAGAACGAUGUGUACGCAUUCGGUGUCGUGCUGCUCGAGAUCCUCACCAACAAACGAGCUGUAGAGCACGAAUUCGGCGAAGGCGUCGACCUCGUCAAGUGGAUACGCGAGCAGCUUAAGACGUCGGCUUCCGCGGUGGAGGUGCUCGAGCCGAGGAUGCAAGGAAUGCCCGACCCCGAAGUCCAGGAGAUGCUCCAAGUUCUCGGGAUAGCACUGCUUUGCACGAACUCCAAGCCAUCUGGAAGACCAACCAUGAGAGAAGUGGUUGUUUUGCUCAGGGAAGUGAAGCAUACCUCGGAGGAAUCGUCGGCUCUCAAGGUGUCAACACCGUUGAUAGCGAGCCAGAAAAGCAGCCAUCCGGAGGUACUCGAAGUUUCAUCGGUAUAGAAACUAGAAACCGGACGAAAUGUCCAUAUCCUGUAAUUUUGGUUGCCUUCCUCUUUCUCUCCUUCCGGAUAAAAGAACAAAAAAAAAAAAAAA